AUGGGGGAUGAUGAACCAACGAAAAGCAGCGUUAUAUACGUAGGCAAUCUGCCUAAGACGUUGACAGAAUCGCAAAUCCGGAUGUAUUUCAACCAAUUCGGGACUGUUGUUAGCAUUCGGCUUAUGAAGUCCAAAAAGACUGGCAACUCCAGGGGUUAUUGCUACGUGAAAUUCGAGACCCCCGAAAUCGCAUCUAUCACGGCUGAGGCAAUGAACAACUAUUUUAUCGACGGCCGGGUGUUGAAGGUCCACGUGAAGGAGACGGGCGACCAUAUCCGCCAUUUGUUCAAGAAGGGCAGGCCUAUUCUCAGCCGGCGUCGCCGUCUGCUGAUUCGUUCACGCGACAUUCAGGCAUCCCGAGAGCGCGCCGAGGCCACCAUUAACGACACCCUCAACGCUCUAGGCAGCAAAGGAGCCGCUGCUGAGACAGACGUUGAGCAGCUGCGUUCGAGGCUGCGAUCCGCCGUUGAGCGUAUGGAAGCUAAACAUAGUCGGUUGGGAACCGACAUUCACGACUCCACCAUUCGCAAGUACAAGCGCGCGUUGGAGCUGCUUCCAGCUUCUAAGUAG